AUGAAUACUGACACAUAUCGUCACACUAUGGAAACAACAACAGCAACAACAAAACAUCGAAUUCGACAACGAAGGAGAUGGCAGGACAAUAGCAGUAUGACAGAGCAGCAGCAACAGCACGAACAACAACGAGAACAACAACAAAGCGACAACCUACAACAGCAAAGGCGACGACUAGGAUCCAUCAAUAACCGGAGACGAGGGGGUGGUGGAUUUUUGGCCCGACACUAUUAUUUUACAAGCGACAGCCAUAAUUAUGAUGAUUAUGACGAUGAUGAUUGCCCGCCGGAUGAUGGCGGCGGCUGGCCACACCACCAUCACCUUAACAUUUUUCAGCGAGAUUGCGUGCCUCUUCUAACAGACGACGACGACGACGAUGACUCGCAUCAGAGAAAUCAUUAUACGAGAAAACGGGGCAAGGGCGGCAAAGGCAAGGGUGGGAAGGGUUAUCGUGCGAGUAAAAGUAGUCGAAGCAAGGCCAAGGGAGGAAAGGGUGGAUAUGGAUCGACCCAGCUCUAUGGCGCCGACAACGGCUACACCCACUGUUGGUGCCAGCACACUUCUGCCCACAACCGCACAACCACUGCUACUCCCACAGUGGCGACAACAACUGCGACACCUACUGUCCAGCCAACCAUUCCCGUCGCAAUGGACAAUACCAACAACCCAACAAUAAUGGUUCCGACUAUUGCGCCGAGUAUUGCGACUACGACUAUCGCUCCCGCGCCUACAACGGCUACACCCACUGUUGGUGCCAGCACACUUCUGCCCACAACCACGACAACCACUGCUACUCCCACAGUGGCGACAACAACUGCGACACCUACUGUCCAGCCAACCAUUCCCGUCGCAAUGGACAAUACCAACAACCCAACAAAAAUAGUUCCGACUAUCGCGCCGAGUAUUGCGACUACGACUAUCGCUCCCGCGCCUACAACGGCUACACCCACUGUUGGUGCCAGCACACUUCUGCCCACAACCACGACAACCACUGCUACUCCCACAGUGGCGACAACAACUGCGACACCUACUGUCCAGCCAACCAUUCCCGUCGCAACGGCUACACCCACUGUUGGUACCAGCACACUUCUGCCCACAACCGCAACAACCACUGCUACUCCCACAGUGGCGACAACAACUGCGACACCUACUGUCCAGCCAACCAUUCCCGUCGCAAUGGACAAUACCAACAACCCAACAAUAAUGGUUCCGACUAUUGCGCCGAGUAUUGAAACGUCCGGAUUUCCUUCAAGUUUAUUUCCUUCAAAUUUUUUUUCAUCGUCCUUUUUUAUCACUACCAAAGCAACUGGUGAUCGGGCCAUGGGCGAUUGCUACUUUGUGGACGUGCAGCAAAUCUGCAAUUUCAUCAAACCCCCCCCCUGCCACUCAUACAUCAUGAUGUUUACCUACUACAAUGGGGGAUUCUAUCGAGACCCAAACAACCCUGAAAGCGAGGAUUGGAUCGAUUCGGGCGAGUCCGAAACAAUCUACGAAGUGGUGACAGUUACCGGAAUUGUGGAUUGUGAAAACGAAGAGACCACUCCCGACACGUGUACCAUUGCGGUGCAAAACCGAGGCACGUGUAACGAAUGCCGCUACGAUCGCGAGACCAAGCUCUAUUCGCUCGUGGAUUGCAGCAAUCUGCCUGGGGUCAUCUUUGAACAAGGAGUGGAACAGUCCUAUCAGUAUUAUGAUGAUGGGGCCCUUCCACCCUAUGAACACCAGUUCUUUACGUUGGAGUUUGAUCAGGAAAGGUGUGACGAAUACGCUUUGCCAGAAGGAUAG